AUGAUCUACUCUACUCUGUUGACUGCGAGUCUUGUUACUUCAGUGUACGGACAUGGCUACCUAACUGUCCCAGCAAGUCGCACCCGGCUUGGAUUUGAGGCCGGCAUCGAUACAUGCCCCGAAUGCUCAAUCCUAGAGCCAGUCUCACCCUGGCCCGACCUUGAAGGCCCACAGGUCGGCCGCAGCGGACCCUGCGGAUACAACGCCCGCGUCAGCGUCGACUACAACCAGCCCGGCGACAGCUGGGGCAACGAGGUCGUGGAGACCUACGCCCCCGGCGACGUGAUCGAGGUACAGUGGUGCGUCGACAAUAACGGCGACCACGGCGGCAUGUUCACCUACGGCAUCUGCCAGGACCAGAAACUGGUCGACAAGUUCCUGGACCCGGACUACCUCCCGACAGAGGCCGAGAAGCAGGCCGCCGAGGACUGCUUCCUGGAGGGCGAGCUGAAGUGUACGGAUGUUGAUGGACAGGAGUGCGGUUAUAGUCCGGAUUGCACGGAGGAUGAGCCCUGUUGGCGUAACGACUGGUUUACGUGCAAUGCGUUUGAGGCUGAUUCUAACCGUGGCUGUCAGGGCGUUGACGGGGCGGAGUUGAACUCGUGUAAGACUACGAUUGCCGGUGGGUAUACUGUUACGAAGAAGGUGAAGAUUCCGGACUACUCGAGUGAGCAUACGCUGCUCCGGUUUAGAUGGAACUCGUUCCAGACGGCGCAGGCGUAUCUGCACUGUGCGGACAUUGCAAUUUCGGGCUCUGGUUCUGGAAAUUCUAGCUCUAAAGGGUCUUGGUCUCCUGAUGAUGCGGUUGCGCUGUCUGAUAGUGGCUACACCGAGUCGAAUCCGCUGUGGACUGCAACAGUGGAACUGCCUGCGGGCACGGAAAUCGAAUACAAGUUUAUUAAGAAAGGGGGCAGUGAUGUUACAUGGGAAAGUGACCCGAACCGGAGCUAUACGGUGCGUACUGGCUGCGACGGUGAGAAGGCGACGGUCACUGGGACGUGGCGGUAG